GCGCUGGAGUGGACGCUGGGGCCCCGGGUCGGCGUGCGCAGGAAGCGAACGCGCCUGUGGCGCUCGCGGUCGGCCAUGGCUCACAGGCCGAAGAGGACUUUCAGACAGCGCCGCGCCGACUCUAGUGACAGCGACGGCGCCGAGGAGCCGUCUGCUGAACCCGGGGCGCCGGGGGAGCAGGCGGCCCCGGGCCCUGCGGAGGAAGCGCCGCCCUCUGGAGGAGGCCGUGGGGAGGUGGCGGAACGGCCCCCUCGGGCCCGGGGCCGGGUCUGGGCGAGUUCCCGGCGCCCGGCAGGGGCGGCUCCCCGCGCGGACGGCGGCUCGGGCGGCCCAGAAUCCAGAAUGGUUGACCUUUCAACAGAUGAAGAGGAUGGAACUCAUCUUUCCUCAGAAAGUAAGGAUGAUCAGAGUUCAUCUUCUGACAGCUCAAGCUCUGUGGAAGAAGAAUUUUCAUCAAUAGUAAGCAUCCCUGAUGCAGCUUUUAUUCAGGCAGCCCGCAGAAAGCGUGAAUUGGCCAGGGCCCAAGCUGACUAUAUUUCUUUGGAUGUAAAACAUACCUCCACCACUUCUGGUAUAAAGAAAAACUGUGAUGAAGAUCCUGAGAGUGAGCCUGAUGACCAUGAAAAGAGAAUACCAUUUACCCCAAAGCCUCAAACACUUAGACAAAGAAUGGCCGAAGAAACAACAACCAGAAAUGAACAAACAAGUGAAGAAAGUCAGGAAGAUGAAAAUCAAGAUAUUUGGGAACAGCAGCAAAUGAGGAAAGCAGUUAAAAUUACAGAGGGACGAGACAUAGAUCUUUCCCACAGCAGUGACUCUCAAACAGUGAAGAAGUUUGAUACUUCCAUUUCAUUUCCACCAGUAAAUUUAGAAAUUAUAAAGAAGCAAUUAAAUACUAGAUUAACAUUGCUACAGGAUACUCACCGCUCACACCUGAGGGAAUAUGAAAAAUAUAUGCAAGAUGUCAAGAGCUCAAAAAGUACCAUCCAGAACCUGGAGAAUUCAUCAAAUCAGGCUCUAAAUUUUAAGUUCUAUAAAAGUAUGAAAAUUUAUGUGGAAAAUCUAAUUGACUGUCUUAAUGAGAAGAUUAUCAGCAUCCAAGAAAUAGAAUCAUCCAUGCAUGCACUCCUUUUAAAACAAGCCAUGACCUUUAUGAAACGCAGGCAAGAUGAAUUAAAACAUGAAUCAACGUAUUUACAACAGCUGUCACGCAAAGCUGAGACGUCAACAAAUGGAAGCUUGGCUAUAGAUGAAGAAACUCAAUGGAUUUUAGAAGAGAUUGAAUCUCGAAGGGCACAAAGAAGACAAGCAAGGGUGCUUUCUGGGAAUUGUAGUCAUCAGGAAGGAACAUCUAGUGAUGAUGAACUGUCUUCAGACGUGAUUGACUUGCAAAAAAACCAAGAUGACAUUUUACAGCAUCAUAAGAAGAUUUUUGAAGAUGUGCAUGAUGAUUUUUGUAAUAUCCAGAAUAUUUUGUUGAAAUUUCAACAAUGGCGAGAAAAGUUUCCUGAUUCUUAUUAUGAAGCUUUCAUUAGUUUAUGCAUACCGAAACUUUUAAACCCCCUAAUAAGAGUUCAGUUGAUUGAUUGGAAUCCUCUUAAGUUUGAUUCCAUAGGUUUAAAACAGAUGCCAUGGUUCACAUCUAUAGAAGAAUUUAUGGAUAACAGUACGGAAGAUUCAAAGAGGGAAGAUAGUUCUGAUAAGAAAAUAUUGUCUGCUGUCAUCAACAAAACAGUUAUUCCUCGACUUACAGGCUUCGUAGAAUUCAUUUGGGAUCCCUUGUCGACCUCUCAGACAACAAGUUUAAUAACACACUGCAGAAUGAUACUUGAAGAACAUUCCACUUGUGAAAAUGAAGUUAGUAAAAGCAAACAGGACCUACUUAAAUCCAUUGUUUCAAGAAUGAAGAAGGCAAUAGAAGAUGAUGUUUUUAUUCCUCUGUAUCCAAAGAGUGCCAUAGAAAACAAAACAUCACCUCAUUCCAAGUUCCAAGAAAGACAGUUCUGGUCAGGUCUGAAGCUCUUCCAUAAUAUUCUUCUUUGGAAUGGACUUCUCCCAGAUGACACCUUGCGAGAGCUGGGACUAGGGAAGCUGCUAAAUCGUUACCUCAUUAUAGCUCUUCUUAAUGCCACACCUGGGCCAGAUGUUGUUAAGAAGUGCAACCUGGUAGCAGCAUAUUUACCAAAAAAUUGGUUCGAAAAUUCUGCCAUGAGAACAUCUAUUCCCCAGCUAGAAAACUUCAUCCAGUUUUUAUUGCAAUCUGCACAUAAAUUAUCUAGAAGUGAAUUCAGUGAUGAAGUCAAAGAAAUAAUUCUUAUUCUGGUGAAAAUAAAAGCUUUGAAUCAAGCAGAAUCCUUCAUAGAAGAGUAUCACCUAGACCAUCUUAAAUCAGUAAUUAAAGAAAUUUGAGUAAACUUUAUAGGAAAGUACUAAAAUGAGAUUUUAAUAUAGUCACACUGGGCUCCUUUGCUUGAAAAACAGAAAGCUGGUGCCUCUUCGUUAUUCCCAAUAAUGGAGGGGAUGAUUUACCAAAAAAAAAAGCAGGACUCCAUUUCCUGCACUUUCUGCUGUCAUGAAAGGCUGCCCCUCUGAUUCUGUAGUGUUUGCAGGAAUUCAGCACAUGGGAGCAGUAAGAGUUGAACAUACUUCCCUUUGAUUCUUUUGACUUCUUUUCCAACUUGAGAGGAGUUGGAGAAACCUUGCUUGUAGCUGUUUUGGCUUUAGUGAGCCUUCUCUCCUGAUCCAUAAAAACAUCUUUUAGUUCUCUUCAUUUUAACCAUUUCUAUUGCCAAAUAAGUUAAAAUGGAAAUCUUAAUUGGAAUGAAUUAUUUGUUAAGUAUUAACUGAUUCAGGCAUUUUAAGGCUUUUAAUAACUAUCAGAUUGUCCUUCAGAAAUGUGUACCAAUGUGUUCUACCAACACAAGUGUACUAGAGGCCAGUGAAUCCCCACCAGCAAUCAGUAUUUCCAUUUUUUUAACUCAUUGCAAAUUUAAUAGGUGAAAAAAAUCUUACUUUGUUUUAACUAUUAGAGAGUGAAUAUUUGUUUUUUGGCCAUUUGUAAUUCUUUUUGAAAUAUCCAUUCAUCUUUUUCUUAUGAAAUUGUAAGAGCUUUAUAUUAUAAAGAUAUUGGUGUCUCUUCUAUGUUUUCCUCAUUUGCCAUUUUUCUUUUAAUUUUGUCUAUGAUGUUUUGGUGUACUAAGUCAUUACUUAGGUAGGUAGUACUCUUUUUUGUUACGAUUUUUGUCAUUGGUGGUGGGCUUAGGAAACAGGUAUUUUAAAUGUUCCAAACGUGAUUCAUUUUCUGAUAAAAUAUUUGUAUAAUUAAGAUCUAAGGCAAGGUAAUUGAAUCAAAAAGAAAUUGAGAAAAAUUUUCAAAGCAAGAGUUUACUAAUAAUUUUUCUUAAACCUAUUUGUUAAAUAACUCGAGGGCAACCCUAAAUAUAUAUUCUGCAAAUUGUUACCCAAAAGAUAAUCAAGAAAAAAAUGAUUAUAUUGUAGGAUUUGAGCAUGUAGCCUCUGACAUGAUCACCCCCAGUUUUGAAGCUGCAUAUAUUUUAACAAAUUGAUAUGUUAUUUCUGCUGCAGUGAAGACUCAUGAUUCACUGGUAUAAACAGUUUUUUAAAGUUUUUUUUUUUUAGUUACACAAAUUAUGCAGGAAUAGGAUCUCACCUAGAAAAUUCAAUCCAUUGCUGAAAAGUAGUAGCAUUCCUACCCAAUUAUUGUUCCCAGAGGUAACUGUUUUCAUUUUAAGGUUAUUCUUUCAGACCUCUUCUCUAUUUACAAAAAUGUAUGUGUCUAUACACACACAUAUAGCUCUGUUUUUUACACAAAUGGCAGAUACUUUCUUGCAUAUGAAAUUUGUAAUUUUUUUUUACUAUUAAAGUACAUAUUUGGAAAUUUC